AUGAGGCUGCCUCUGGCCCUGCUGGCCCUAGUAGCGCUCGGGGCCGCCGCCGUCGGGGCGGUCGGUGAGGCGAAGGACGUGGCGCAGUCGGGGCGGUUCUCCACGCCGGAGAAGCACCGGUGCAACUGGGAGCUGCUGUCCGCGGCGGGGGCCAGCGAGCUGCGGCUGAGCUGCCGGCCUGCGGACGGCGGGGCUGAGCGGAGCUGCGCCUACCGCGGGGAGCCGAGGCGCUGCCCCUCAUACGGCGCCCACAGCCGGCAGUACUGGCGGCAGAUCCUGGGCAGGCUGCGGCGGCGGCGGCACCCCUGCGCCAGGGGAAGCCCGCUCAGCGCCCGCCUCUGCGGCCCGGGCCGGGCGCCGCCCGAGGCGCAGCUCCGCCUCAUGCCGGGCCACGGCCACGGCCCCGCCACUACCCCGCCGGCCGCCACCGCGGAGCCCAGCCGGGACCCGGCGGAGACCUACUGCGCCGAGCGGUGGCACUCGCUGUGCAGCUUCUUCGUCGGCUUCUGGGAGGGCUGAGCCACGCCAGACCGAUCCCCGCGGAGGCAUCCCCGCCCUGCCUGC